UGAGGGGUGGCGUAGCGCGGGAGGGAGAAGGUGGCGGCGCUGCUGGGGGGCGGAGGCUACGUAGCCCCCGCGGCUAAGGAGCCCCGCGGCGCCUGAGCCGAGCAGAGGAUGGAGAACCGGCCUGGUUCCUUCCAGUACGUCCCGGUGCAGCUGCAAGGGGGGGCGCCCUGGGGCUUCACUCUCAAGGGGGGUCUGGAACACUGCGAACCGCUCACGGUGUCUAAGAUUGAAGAUGGAGGUAAGGCAGCCUUGUCUCAGAAGAUGAGGACUGGUGAUGAGUUGGUGAAUAUCAAUGGCACUCCACUGUAUGGCUCCCGCCAAGAGGCUCUCAUCCUCAUCAAAGGCUCCUUCCGGAUCCUCAAGCUGAUUGUCAGGAGGAGAAACGCCCCUGUCAGUAGGCCACACUCAUGGCAUGUGGCCAAACUGCUGGAGGGAUGCCCUGAAGCGGCUACCACCAUGCAUUUCCCUUCUGAAGCCUUCAGCUUGUCCUGGCAUUCGGGCUGCAACACAAGUGACGUGUGUGUGCAGUGGUGUUCACUUUCCCGGCACUGUAGCACUGAGAAAAGCAGCUCCAUUGGCAGCAUGGAAAGCCUGGAACAACCAGGCCAAGCCACCUUUGAGGGCCACUUGCCCAUUGACCAGAACAUGUACCCUAACCAGCGUGACUCAGCCUACAGUUCCUUCUCUGCCAGCUCAAACGCCUCUGACUGUACCCUUUCCCUUAGGCCAGAGGAAUCAGCUUCUGCAUACAGCACCAUGCAAGGCCCAGGGCUAAGCAAAGCCCCCAGUGGCCAACUAAAUGUGGCUGAGACUUCAGGAGGUAGCCGGCAUACCAUUGGGGCCCACCUGACCCCCAGCUCCCAAAUGCCAUCCUGUUCACAAGAGGGUCACCUCUCAGGACCUAUCAAGGCUACCAGAGGUCCACCACAACCUCCAGUGAGGCGGGACAGUCUUCAAGCCUCCAGAGCUCAACUCUUCAAUGGUGAACAACGCAGGGCUUCUGAGCCUGUGGACUGCUUGCAGCAGAAAGAGAAACGGAGCUUAGAAACAGGGUUGUCCCCACGGAUUCCCAAUAGGUUCUGCUCCCUCAACAGGCCAGACCAAGUAACAAAUGAGGACCAUCAGAACUGUGAGCUCAGCCAACCUCUUGAAUACAGCCAGCAGGGCUCUGAGCAUCUCAUGAUGGAGGCCUCCACCAAAGCUGUUGGACUUCCACAAACAUGUGACAAAACUUCCAGCAUAGAUUCCGGCCCACUCAACAAGGCCUCUGUCGAGCCAGCUAAGGUUUCUCCCUUCAGCAGCCAUCUACACCUCACAGGACCCAAAGGGCAUCGCCACAGUGCCCCUGAACAGCUAAUGGCAUCUCACCUGCAGCGUGUGCACUUUGAUACCAUGGGUAGCAAAAAGAUGGAGCUCCCAGCUGGGCAGAAUGGACACGAGUGGACUCUAUCCCCUCAGCAGAGCAGCCACACAGGUGGGAAAAGUCCAUGUGGCCCUGCAGGAGGAACUCAGGAGCAGCCCAACAAAGAGAGAAAGAUUCAGUCAGUGGAUGAUAGGCUUGUGGGUUCAGGACACCAGAGUCCAAGUAGUUCUCUACAUGAAGGGGCUGAUGGACACUCUCCAGAAAGAGGUUGCCUGGACCUAAUCAGAGCAAACAGAGCAGGCAAUGAUUUGACCAGUCAGCAUCCCUCUCUCUCUGGCUCUCUUGCCCAACAAACCAUGGACUGUUCUUCAUCCACUAAAGUGGCCAGUGGCACAAAAGCAACUGAAGAUGAGGACAGUGAGCCCAAGGAAUGUGGUAGGGCGGCUGGCCGGCGGGGCCGCUCAAUCCAAAACCGAAGGAAGAGUGAGCGUUUUGCUACCAAUCUGCGUAAUGAAAUUCAGAGGAGGAAGGCCCAGCUCCAGAAAAGCAAAAGUCCCUUACUUUGUGACACUAAAGAGUCUGUGGAAGAGGCUGAGGAACCCCCAGAAAGUUCUCCACUUCCUGCCUCUAGUUCAUCUCUUCUAUCAUCAUAUAAAAAACCACCUAGUCCUAGGGACAAGCUCUUCAACAAGAGCAUGAUGCUCCGGGCUAGGUCUUCGGAGUGCCUCAGCCAAGCCUCUGAAAUCCAUGAGUCCAGAGCCAGCUUAGAGAGACGAAUAAACUACGGCCAGAGGCCUGGCCGGACCUCUUUGGGCCUGAACACCUGGUGGAAAGGAUCUGAUUCAACUUCCUCAGACUUUGAGAAAGCAAAUGUUCAUCAUGGUGGUCACUGGAGAUGGUCUCCAGAACACAACCUACAGCCACAUGUGCCACUAGCUAUGGAAGUCCAGUCCAGUCCAGGUGACAAAGAAUUGAAGGCUUCAGCUGCCCAAGCUGGGGAGGAAGCUGUCCUCUUGCCUUUUGCAGACAGAAGAAAAUUCUUUGAAGAGAGUAGUAAAUCCUUGUCUACAUCUCAUUUACCAGGUUUAACCACUCAUAGCAACAAGCCUUUCAAUCAGAGACCAAAACCUUUGGAUCAAAACUUCCAGUCAAUGAGCUCCAGCUAUAGGGAAUUGAGGCACCACCCCAUGGACCAAUCAUAUCAUGCAACAGACCAACCAUAUCAUACUACAGACCAGUCAUACCAUCCCAUGCCACCCCUUCAGUCAGAAACUCCCUCGUACUCAGAAUGUUUUGUAAGCAAAGGUCUAGAACAAUCCAUGUGUUGUAAGCAAUUGCACUGUGGUGAUUUUGAUUACCACAGGGCCUGCUCUUACUCCUGCAGUGUCCAGGGAGCUGUAGUCCAUGAUCCUUUUAUUUAUUGUUCUGGGGAAAUAUGCCCUUCUUUACGAAAGAGAAAUAUGAUGCCCAACUGCUACAACUGCCGGUGCCACCACCACCAGUGCAUCCGAUGUUCAGCUUGCUAUCAUAACCCCCAGCACAGUUCCCUUGAAGAUGGCAACUUGGCCCCGGGCAACACUUGGAAACCUAGGAAGCCAGCAGUGCAGGAAUUUCCUGGGGACAAAUGGCAACCAAUAACAGGAAACAGGAAGACCAGCCAGUCAGGGAGGGAAAUGGCUCAUUCCAAGGCUAGUUUUUCAUGGGCAUCCUCCUUCCACCCAUGUCUUCUGAACCCGGCCCUGGACUUGUCAAGCUACCGAGCUGUCUCUUCCCUUGACCUCCUUGGAGACUUCGAGCAAUCCUCAAAAAACACGGAGGAAACUUCAGCUUACAAAGAGGGGAGCUCCAUGGCCUCUGUGCUCCAUCCACUGCGUGGCCGAGCCUUCUCAGAGAGCCACAUCAGCUUGGAGCCAGAGAGUUCCCAGGCCUGGGGGCAGCAGCAUAGGAGGGAGCUCUGUCACAAGGUGAAUGAAACCCAAACAGAUCCUCUGGGAGCCAGAAAGAAGCCCUUUCCUCCUCCUCGCCCCCCUCCUCCAAACUGGGAGAAGUACCGGCUCUUCCGUGCAGCCCAGCAGCAAGAGAGGCAGAAGCAGGAGAAACAGCAGCAACAGCAGCGAGAGGAACAAAAGGAAGAGGAGGAAGAAGAGGAGGAGGAGGAGGAGGAGGAGGAAGAGGGAGAAAAGGAGGGAGUGGAGGAGGAAGAAGAGGAAGAAGUGGUAGAAGAAGAGGAAGAGGAGGGAGAGGGGGAGCUGCCACCCCAGUAUUUCAGUUCUGAAAUCUCAGGCUCCUGUGCCCUUAAUCCUGAGGAGGUCCUGGAACAGCCACAACCUCUGAGCUUUGGACACCUGGAAACCUCAAGGCAGGGCUCACAGAGUCUCUCGGCAGAGCAAGAGUCCUUUGCUCUCCACUCCAGUGACUUCCUGCCCCCAAGAAGGGGUCCCUUGGUUUCUCAACUUGAGAAGACUCAACUCCCUCACUACCAUGGCAGUGGUGGGCUUUGGAGGACAGCAGAGCAGGAAGCCGCUAGGUCCCCUACACAAGAUUUUCAGCACUUCUCGCCUCCUCAGGGGGUCCCAGGGAUCCCUACCUCUUACUCAGCUUAUUACAAUAUUUCUGUGGCCAAGGCAGAAUUGCUGAACAAGUUGAAGGACCAGCCAGAAAUUGCAGAGAUCGGACUGGGAGAGGAGGAAGUUGACCAUGAACUGGCUCAACAAAAGAUACAGCUUAUUGAGAGCAUCAGCAAAAAGCUUUCUGUCCUGCGGGAGGCACAGCAGGGGCUCCUGGAGGACAUCAGUGCCAAUUCUGCCCUUGGGGAAGAGGUGGAGGCCAACCUCAAAGCAGUCUGCAAAUCUAAUGAGUUUGAAAAAUACCACCUGUUUAUCGGGGACCUGGACAAAGUGGUCAACCUGUUGCUGUCACUUUCUGGACGACUAGCCCGGGUAGAGAAUGCUCUCAACAGCAUCGAUUCAGAGGCCAACCAGGAGAAGUUGGUGCUGAUAGAGAAGAAGCAGCAGCUGACAGGGCAGUUGGCAGAUGCCAAGGAGCUAAAGGAGCAUGUUGACAGUCGGGAGAAGCUGGUGUUUGGCAUGGUCUCCCGCUACCUGCCUCAGGACCAGCUGCAAGACUACCAGCACUUUGUGAAGAUGAAAUCAGCUCUCAUCAUUGAGCAGCGAGAGCUGGAAGAGAAGAUCAAGCUUGGGGAAGAGCAGCUCAAAUGUCUCAGGGAGAGCCUACUCCUGGGUCCCAGUAAUUUCUAAUUCCACCAGCAGUCUGAGACUACCAACCCUGCCCAGCCAUAAUAGAAGUGCAUUCACUCUUCAUCUUUUUGUUAGCAAGUAGAUGACUUCUAGUUAACAAUUUGUUCCAUACUCUCUACCUUGGAUGUCUCUACUGCUCCUACCUAGCAGUGCUCCCAACCAGCUGAGAGAUCCUGGGAAGACCUCCAAGCUUCUACCCUAGGGAGUAGAACCAAGAAGUAGGAGCUGCAUGCAAUCACACUCUUAUUCCUAGAGCUUGCAUGGAAAAGCACUCACAAACACAGUACCAAUAGAGUACUUUCGUUCUUCUUUGUGCUAAGACCCCAAAGACAUCAUGCACUCACUGCCUACCCACAGGGUAAUCAGCUUCUUAAAGCUCAGAGAGAAAUGGCUAUUGCAGCUCUACUCCACCUCAGAGUUGGUGACUCAGCCACUGUUCACACAGAGAUGUGGCCAUCUUGAAAGGCUUUCAGCAAUUGCCAGUUCCAGGGCUUUACCCACACUUUGCAAUAGGAAUCAGAGAAAGGGGAAAUUAAAGUUAACAGAAUGUGAGGAAAGGUUGGGAAUCCACAGGUGCACUGCUGGCCAGAACUAGGUGUAAAUACUUUGAUAUCACCCCCUUCUCUGCCAUCUACUUGAGAGGAGAGAGGACUACUCCUCAGCCCUGGCCUCCUCCUGUCCCAAGACUUUGGACCUACCACUUCCUGGUUCAUCUUGCCUUUUCAUUGCCAGGGGUUACAGAUGGCCUGCCCAAGUGCUUCACACAUCAGGCACUAAUAGCUCUACUAAAUGCUGACUUCUGGAUAUACAUAGAUGUUUCAUUAGUGGGGGUGGGAGGAAGGAGGGCUCUUGUGAUUAUAUUUUAAAUGGCUUUUUGAUUUUAUUUAUUUUAUAUGUUCUCCCUCUUUCCCCCCCCCCCCUCUCUCUCUCAGAGAGAAAAGAGUCGUUGAAAAGGGAACAGAGAGAAAGAAUUUUCUGCCAAGCAGCCUGAAUUCACUGUCAAUACAUAAAUGAAUGUUAAGGCCUUGAAUUAUUCCCAUCAUCACUGACAAGUCACUAAGAACAAAGUUCUCACCUGAAACUCAGGGCUCCCCUACUGUGGCCUGAUCAGAUACUUCUCUUCAAGCCUGUAUGAUCAUGAGCUUAGUAUUCCUUAACAGGGUUAAGGUUAUUAUUUUUUUUUCUUGAAACCAAAGAAAUCUAAAUGUGGCAAAGGUUUGCCCAUUUUAUUACCAUCUCCAAGAUAAGGAAUGGGUAGAGGGGAGCUCCUCUAUCUAACAAAUAUUUUCUCAGCCUGUGACCUGAGCUGAGGAAACAAAACUCUUGGAAUUUUCAGUCAGGGUCAGUCAUACUACCCUCCUCAUGCCUCCCAACCCCCAGUUUGCCCCUACAAGAGAAAUUAUAACACAGCCAAGAUUGUAGUCUGUAGGCACAUAAGCAACUAAUGCUAUUGCGGUUGCCAACAUUCUGACACCAGUAGCCAGUUUUUUGGGUUUUUUUUUUAAUCAGUCUAUUUGUUUUUGUUUUUGUUUUAAUCUUGGGAAAGCCCCCAGGUGGGAGCUGUAGCCAAACUGCCCUCUUACCUCAGCUCAGUUUCCAAAUCCCUUGAUAACCAGGGCCCAAACUUGGUAUCGCCAGCCCAGAAAGCCAGCCUUGGCAUAUCUUCUAAUUACUGCUGAGUUCCUCAGGAUCCUUGGGUAUUAAUCCAGAGCAGUAGAGUGAUUUAUUAAACCAAAGAAUUUGCCAAAGAACUUUGCUGCUGUUACAAAUACUGGUCCCUCUGCCUUGUUUCCUCUUCAUUGUGUUUGGGAACAAUGUAAGAAUCUUGGCCAGCAGGGUGCCCUGAGAGGGCCCCUGCACAUGCUCCUAAUUCACUCCUGCUGUCAGAAGCACUGUUAAAUGUCAGCUAGCCCUUCUCCCCUAAAGUGGGGAAAUCUCCCCCUGAAAGGCUGAUGGUUUGUACUUGGCUAAGCUUACUCAAGCCAAGGUUGAGGAAGAUUGUGGUGUUGGGGGUUACUUUGAAGUCUUUGUCAUCUUUAUUUAAGAACAAGAUCUAGGACAAGCAAUGAGAAAAUUAGGUUGCCCUGUAUUGGGAGGAUAAAGGAAAUAAAAGUUCAUCAUUCAAAGAAGAGAGGCUAGAACAGCUUUUUUUGGGGGGGGCACGAUGUAGGCCCAAGGAGAAGACCUGGACACUGUGCCCAUGGGCCAAGUUUCUCUAGCUAGUAUCAGGUUGGUGGUACCUUAAGUUCACCACACAGAAAGUACUGUUGACUCUGUUAACAGUUUUAUGUCCCUCAUCCCACCUUGGAUUGUUCUAGAGUUCAAAUCAGAAUGCAAGGAAGCUCUUUGUCACAUGGAGGGACAUGUCCCAAAGCACUUAACCAGAGAAUCCCAAAACUGCAUUGAGCAGUACAAUUGAGCAGCAAAAAAAGUAAACUACUAAAUGGGCAUUAGUGCUCCUACAAUGUUGGCAUGGUGACCCCACUCCAAAUGACAGUGUCACAGAACUGCCAGUAUUACUGAAGAUGCAGUAUCUCUUUCUUCACUCACAUGUCCUAGGUUUGGCCUUUCUCCAUGGUCUGCCAAGGAGUAAAAGUUUAGAGGGCAUGGUAAAGAAAGGCCUUGACUUCUGUCCUCUUCCAUCAGUACUCAUCCAGGCCCCAGUGGGUUAUAGGUGAGCACAAUGGUUGAUACAUAGAGAAGAGUUAGUGCAAGAGUUGCUAUUGCACAUGCUUCCUUACUACUUGUAGGGUUCUGAAUGAUCGGGUCUCCUUGAUGCCCACCAGUUCAAACUCAGCUGGGAAACUGCAAUUCAUCCUCAAGAGGCAUAGAAGAGAGAGAGAGAGACGGAGAGAGAGAGUGGGGGGGGAGAGAAACAUUGAAUAUAAAGCCUUGGAAAGGAAGAGGCUGAAAGCAGAGCUCAAGGUCUUGCUCAGGUUCUGAUUCCCAUUGAAUGCCAUGUGCCAAAAAAGCAGCCCAUGAGUGCCAGUACCAGGCUCUUAACCCAGUCUCCCAGAACAUGUUGGGUAUCAGGGCCCAGAAGGAGGAAACUGGGCACAUUUCUAGCUACUUCCUUUCAUCUGCAGCUCGGUGACUCCCAUUGCCUUUGCCAAAGGAACUGUCUAUGCCAAUAAUAUUUCUGUAACAGUGUAUUGUAUUCUUUGAAGACUAUAGUAGAGUUUUAGAGGGGGUUGGGGUGGGGCUGGGGGCAAUUUCUAUAGACAACAAACCAGUGUUUGUUGUACAACUGUUGGGGGUCAUCUUAUCUCAUGUGGAGCUAUUCUUUUCUCUGACUCUUACUGUCCAUGAAUUUGUGUCCUCCGCCACUUCCCUUCCCUUCUGGGCUGACAAUGAUAGUCUGCCAGAAUGUGAGAAAGGGUCAUAUCAUACUUCAAUAAAAGGUGCUAAGGACAAAA